AGAGUACGGGGUUAUAAGCUUUCCGGAGGGCAGCUUAACCUCAAAGGGAGUGGAAGCCCUGGCCAAGAGGUUUUACGAGGAGAAGAUCAAGGUCAGAGAAGUGUUGAUGACCUGUGAUCUGGAGGGAGAUGUAGUUGCCUCAUUUUCUAUCCUCGUGGGAUGUCAUGUCGUACAGUGCCAGGGAGCCGAGAUUUGGACCAGGGAGCCAGCACCUACGCCGGAACCCGAAUACGAGGAUUACAUCUCGUUCAACGCAGCAGGAGGCGGUGUGUCCAACGAUCGGACACAGGAGACAGCGGCAGGGACCGAGGAGCACCUGUAUGAGACUUUCGUGCAGGUAGAUGGCUCCAUAGGAAGUGACCGCGAGGAGUCGAUCUAUGAGACCAUUUCAUACGAUCAUCAGCCGUUGCCCUUUGCGCCACAUAAAACUGAUUAUGUACCACUCGUACCGCCAAGGGCAACCAAACAACCACUACCUUUACCGCCAAGACCAAGACAACCGUUGCCGUCCAAAUACUAUAAUUUAUCAUCAGAAUUACAGCAAAGACCACCGAUGCCAAUACCAACCAAAUUACAACCAGAUUCCCUCUCAGGAUCUUUGCCACCAAAGCCAACACUGCGCCUUCCACCAAGACAGCCAUUGAAACCCUCGGUCAAAACCCGGCGUUUCAAGACGCCAAGACCGCCGAUGCCAUUGCCAUUAAAACCUCAGGAAACACAAGCACCUAAGUCCAGAAGGAAACCCCCGCACAGCAGCGCAAAUGCGUCAAAACCUCCCCAAGCGCAAGCCCCAAUGGCGUCGCAGCAGGUUAUGUAUCCAGCGCCUGUACACCCGUGGUCACCAGCGCAGCCACCACACACAGUGCAACUUCUUCCUCUAUGCACGUGGCCGCUAAUGGCUGAUCUGCAGUGGACUUCAUGGGGGAUGCCUAUACAAAGGCUAAUGCCUAUGGCACCCAUGUUACAACCAUGCAUCAGCUGGGGCAUGCAGUGGGGACCACCAGGAGGCUCGCUAUCUACAAUCACGGGACCAGCCUUACAACAUCCUGGUGUGCAGAUUUCGCCACCGCCAUCCGCGUCGAAUGGCUGGGGUGUUCAUGCGGAUCAGAAUGACGAAGAUUCUUUAUAUGAAAAUUUAGAUAACUGAAUCAGAAUGGCUUCACCAUCAAGCUGUGCUGUCCAUCAUCCAUACUAUGUUUUCCUAUGGUACAUUGUGCAGUUCAACACACUUUCUAUAUUGGUAAAAUGAUUGAUAGCUGCUAGGUAUUUAACUGAGCCCUUGCGUUCAGUUGAAUAACUUUUGCCGAUUUCGCUUGAAGUUCACGAAUCUUUAUUUGGUCUGGAAGUUUAUGGAGGCACAGGAACUAGGGUCGUGUUCUUUUUUGUUUAAUUCCUGGGUCAUCAGCUCAUAGGGGUGGGGAAUAAGUAAAGUUUUUUUAUUAUCUAAAUAAAAGAGUGCCAAUGUAUCUCCAAGCGAGUAUUGAGCGUAUGGAUGCUUCGCAAAUCCAAACCUUUUAGAAUAGCCAUUUCUUUGUUAAUCUUAUUUCUGAUUUCACCUAAAUGAGUGUAGACAUUGAUAGACAAUAUAAUGACUACAUUAAAUUUACCCUGAUCUAAA